AUGAUUGACCCUGUUUCAGAAGAAGAAAAUUAUCAAGAUGGUAGUCUUAUGAUUACUUGUUUAUCGUCAUGUAACGAGGUUACUGAGUUGACAAUAACUGGAGAAUGGUCUUCCCCAAAGAUUCAUGGGGGUAUGACAUUUUCAUCACUUAGCGAACACAAAAAAGUCGAGGAAGCACACAUGAAAGCCAUUCAAAUUGAUCAAAAGUUUCUUGAGGCAUGGGUUCAUUUAGCUCAGAAGGAGGAAUCCGGCUUCGUUAAUCCGACCCUAUCCACCGGUAUAGAUCUGAUCUGUGAAUAUAUGAUCACAUCUUCUUGA